AUGGCGGAACAAAUCCCUGGGCAGGAGUACGAGUAUGAAGCUCUCCCUUCCAACUAUGGCCUCAGCCACAACAUGAUGGCCGGCGCCUUUGCCGGAAUCGCGGAACACUCGGUCAUGUAUCCUGUCGAUCUACUCAAGACUCGCAUGCAGAUUUUACAUCCGACCACGGGCGGCCUGUACACGGGCAUCACAAAUGCGGUGUCAACCAUUUACCGGAUUGAAGGCUGGCGAACAUUGUGGAAGGGCGUUUCGAGCGUGAUUGUUGGUGCCGGCCCUGCACACGCCGUCUAUUUCGGGACAUAUGAAGCUGUCAAGGAGCUGGCGGGCGGCAAUGUGGACGACGGGCACCACCCUGUUGCUGCUGCGUUGAGUGGCGCGUGCGCCACAAUUGCAAGUGAUGCCCUCAUGAAUCCGUUCGAUGUCAUCAAACAGCGCAUGCAGGUCCAUGGCUCGGUGCACAAGAGCCUCGCCCAAUGCGCCAAAACCCUCUACCGAACAGAAGGCCUGCAAGCCUUUUACGUCUCCUACCCUACCACCCUCUGCAUGACCGUGCCCUUUACCGCGACGCAAUUCGUGGCCUACGAGUCGAUAUCCAAAUUCAUGAACCCGAAGAAAGACUACGAUCCAUUCACCCACUGCAUUGCCGGCGGUCUCGCGGGUGCCGUCGCGGCCGCCAUCACCACGCCUCUCGAUGUGAUCAAGACUCUACUACAAACGCGCGGUCUCGCUACCGACCAGGAGGUUCGGAGUGCUCGGGGCCUGUUCAACGCGGCGGCCAUUAUCAAGCGCCAGUUUGGGUGGAAGGGCUUCCUGCGUGGUUUGCGACCUCGCAUUGUCUCGACCAUGCCCAGCACUGCGAUUUGCUGGACGUCGUACGAAAUGGCCAAGGCCUAUUUUAAGAACCAAAUGGGCUAA